AUUUGUGUCAUGGACAAAAUUCUACACCACUUUCCCCAAGGAAUUGAAACCAAUUUUCAAUGUGAAAAAUGCCCAUAUGGGUCAUUUUGCCAAAAGUUUCGGUCUAAAGGAUCAACCCACGUCGUUUGUGAAGAAACAUACAAUGCCUAAGCCAGCAUUGCCCACAAAUCGUUUAACAUACACGGAAAGAGAUCCCGAGAAAAUCAAAUUGGAACGCAAGGCAAGAAAACAUCGUUUUGGUACCACCGUAACGGGAGCCGUAAGAAAUUUGAAUCGUCCCGAACCAAAUAGAUUGGCCAAAAUGAUACCCACCUCCAGGGUAUUGACAAUAUCUGAAUUUGACAGCGGUUUACCGUCAUCUAAAAAACGUAAACAUUAAUUGUUUAGAAUUUAAGAU